GGUCACGUGUGUACCUGACGAGGAGGAUCUCUGGCAGCGAGUCGCGGCUCUCAGAGUGUGUUUUGAAUCAGUGGAAAAGAAUGGCUCUCUCCGAGAAGUGCGUUGUUUUGGCCGCACUAACGCUUUGCCUGCUCGCACACCAGGCUAGCACACAGGACACCGAACGUAGGGCCCCAAUUGAUGAGGUUUGCUCGAAGGCCAUCAGUAUUGAUUCCUGGCCUAUCAAGAAGGAAGAUCAAGUUUGCGGAGCGGACGGAAUUUUGUACCCCAGCCAAAAUGCACUCGAGUGUAUUUCCAAACACGCAGGACUGGUGGAGCAACAGGAUCGUGAAAAGUGCAACGAAUCAGGCGCCAAGUUCGAUCCAUGCCUCGUUCUGGCCUACGCAGCCGUGCGCAAAGUGUGCGGCUCUGAUAAUGUGACGUAUAAUAAUGUGUGGCAUAUGGUGUGCACGGCCAACAUGUACCGUGUCGAGAUAAAUGUUCAGCAUGAUGGCGAGUGUUCCAUCGAGUGUCCUUACUCGCCCAUCUACAAACCUGUUUGCAGCACAACUGAUUACACCUAUGCCAACAUGGAGGCCCUCAAGUGCAGGCAGAUACUGCAGCCGUAUAUCAAGAACGAUUUUCUGCACGAGGGCCAAUGCAAGCGGCACCAGAACACCAACCCCUGCCACGUCACAAACACAUUCACCCCGGCGUGCGCCUCCAACGGGCGGACCUACUCGAGUGCUCAACACAUUCGCUGCCUAAAACAAGUAAACGGCGAGCUGAAGGUGUUGCACGACGGCGCUUGCACGAUUGCCGAGGUGGAGAAGAUUAUCGGGCCGGACGACGUUUGCCGGAUGGCGAAAAACAGACACGAGUGGAGUCCCGUCUGCGGCACCGAUAAAGUCACCUACGUCAAUGUGUACCGAUAUCUGUGCACGAAAAUGGAGAAAGGAGAAGAUUUGCAAGUGUCGCAUUCGGGCGAAUGCGGGUCCUUCGACUACUGCCGAGAGCCUGAGCCAGAUGUUAAAACCGCGAUUUGCGGUACAGACGGCGUUACCUACCCACACGAAAACGCUCUUUACUGCGCCCAAACCAACUCGCGAUUCCUGGGCAAAAAGCACAACGGAGCGUGCAAUGAAACUCUCGACGACCCUUGUUUGCACAGAGGCUCACCCUUUUUGGACGACAACGGCAGACCCGUUUGUGCUGCCAACUCCGUCACUUUUGUGUCACCCCAAGCGUUGUGGUGCGCAGCCAAAAAUGACCCCGAGAUUAAAUUAAUCCACGCCGGAGAGUGCUUUUAAUGAAGAGUGUAUACGUGAGGGCUUAUAAAAGAAGAAGAGGGUUUCCGCCCCCGUGCUAAUAUUUCAUAACUUAUAAAUUUUCCUGAGUAAUUUCGCUGCCCGUGGCCAUGCUUGAAUAUUAAUAAAAACAACCCUUUAUGCUGUUGUGUAAUCUGGUGGUUUAAUCUUGCGUCCGCCGCAUCUAUUAAAUGAGAAAUGUGUGUCCUUUUCCUUAAAUGCGCAUUAAAACGCCAACCAUGAGAAUAUAUAUGAGUGUGUGCUUUUAUUCCUUUAAUAUCACAAAAGCAUGGAAAUAUUUUCAGUAAAAAUGUCACGCUUGGCAAUGUGUGUUUGGCUAUUGUGGUUAUUUUUAUGAUAGGCCCCGAAAUCAAUAUGCAAAAAAGCUCUUGCGGAAGAGCAUGAAAUUUUAUACGAAGGUCUAUACGUGCUAACGAGGAGCAAUGCCGACGUCGUAUAUGAUCCCUAGCUGCUGCAGAAAAUGUAUUUUAAACUAAUAAUUUCCGCUUCAAGCUCUACUGCACACUUUUGCUUAGAUGUUUUACAACUGCGGAAUCCAGACCUUAAGCGCACAUGGCACAGAGCAGACCAAUUUCGCUGCGAAAAUAUGCUGUUAUCAUCGCGCGCUCACGCUCUCCGCUCGAAAUGUGGGUGCAGCGCAGCAUUUUAAUGGGCAGAACGGAGAAAAUUGCUUCCAUUACACGGGUCGCAUAGCUUCUCCGAAUACACACACGCAAGAGUAUUAGAAUGCAUCAUAAAAACAGGCAGCUGAACUUUAUU